AUGUCGGAAAACUUGUACGGAGAGGAGAACCGAGGCGAGAUGGUUCGGUUGCAAAAAAUGAUGAAGAACAUGAAUUGUGGGGGACCCCGGCCUGCAGCGCUCACUUUGAAGGAUUUCAAAGUUGGAGAGGCGCUUGGAAAAGGUGCCUACGGACAUGUAUACCGAGUGAGGAACAUGCAAGAUGGAAAAGACUACGCCCUCAAGCAAAUCGUAAUGUCAGCGAGCCGCGACGGUGUCCCUCAAAGUGUCAUUCGUGAGAUUGCAGUUAUGAAACGUCUCACCCGCCAGGCCCAUCCAAAUGUGGUAUCCCUUCGAACAGUGCUUCAUACUGUCGACACCAGUCGCAAUAUCAUCAAGAUUGCCAUGAUUAUGGAAAUUUGUGACUGGGAUUUGCACACAUUUCUGCAAAACGUUCCAAAAGUGAUUCCGGAGAAACAAGCAAAGCAUAUUAUUGGUCAAAUGAUGAAAGGACUCGACUUUUUGCAUUCUCAUGCAAUUAUUCAUCGUGAUUUAAAACCGCAGAACAUUCUGGUGAAUCGGGACCAAACAGUGAAGCUUGCCGAUUUCGGACUGUCCAAGAAGUACACUAACACCAGUGCCUUUACUACUUGCGUGGUGACACUUUGGUACCGUGCUCCGGAAGUGCUUCUUCAAUCCUACUACAAUAGUACCGUCGACAUGUGGUCCAUCGGAUGCAUCAUAUACGAAAUCUACAAUCGUGUACCAUUGUUCCCCGGUCCAGACGAGGCUCAACAAUUGCAUGAGAUUUUCAAAAAGCUGGGAACACCAAUUGGAACUGACUGGCCGAAACAAUCUGUCCUCACCAAAGACACGUUCCCUCACUACACUGGUAUCUCAAUGACUUCUGAUGUCACUGGAAUGAGUGCAGCCGCUCUCGACUUCUUCAAACGUUGCCUGAUUUACGAUCCAGCUAGACGUAUGGGUUCUCGCGCGGCAUUGGGCCAUGAGUUUCUGAAGUUGAAGCCAGUUUCUGUGAAGCCAAGAGUUCUCCGUCAACUCAGAUUCAAUAAUCUCUAA